UCUGCGCGGAGAAGUCGCGGGCCGCAGCCAGGAGCGCACUCGCAGCUCCUGCGAAGUGUGUCCGCCUCGCGGUUCCACGCUCGCCUGCGCUCCUAGAAGGGGCGGCCGCCUCCAGGUGACACAGACGGGACUCUCGCUUGUGCUUUCCAGAUGCAUCAGAGAUACUUUUGGACUGACCAAGGCCAACUGGCGUUCGGCGGGCACUACAUGGCCGAGGGCGAAGGGUACUUUGCCAUGGCGGAAGACGAGCUGACCGGCGGCCCCUACAUCCCCCUGAGUGGUGACUUCGGCGGCGGCGGCGGCAGCUUUGGCGACCGCUGCUUGGACUAUUGCGAAAGCCCCACGGCGCACUGCAAUGUGCUGAAUUGGGAGCAAGUGCAGCGGCUGGACGGCAUCCUGAGCGAGACCAUCCCGAUCCACGGGCGCGGCAACUUCCCCACGCUCGAGCUGCAGCCGAGUCUGAUUGUAAAGGUGGUGCGGAGGCGCCUGGAGGAGAAGAGCAUAGGUGUCCGCGACGUGCGCCUCAACGGCUCGGCCGCCAGUCAUGUCCUACACCAGGACAGUGGCCUGGGCUACAAGGACCUGGACCUCAUCUUCUGCGCUGACCUGCGUGGGGAAGAGGAGUUUCAGACUGUGAAGGACGUCGUGCUGGAUUGCCUGUUGGACUUCUUGCCCGAAGGGGUGAACAAGGAGAAGAUCACACCGCUCACCCUCAAGGAAGCUUAUGUGCAGAAAAUGGUUAAAGUGUGCAAUGACUCUGACCGGUGGAGUCUCAUAUCCCUGUCAAACAACAGCGGCAAAAAUGUGGAGCUCAAGUUUGUGGAUUCCCUCCGGAGGCAGUUUGAAUUCAGUGUAGAUUCUUUUCAAAUCAAAUUAGACUCUCUCCUCCUCUUCUACGAGUGUUCGGAGAACCCAAUGACAGAAACAUUUCACCCCACAAUAAUCGGGGAGAGCGUCUACGGGGAUUUCCACGAAGCCUUUGAGCACCUUUGCAACAAGAUCAUUGCCACCAGGAACCCAGAGGAAAUAAGAGGGGGAGGCCUGCUUAAGUACUGCAACCUGUUAGUGAGGGGCUUCAGGCCCGCUUCCGAUGAGAUCAAGACCCUCCAGAGGUACAUGUGUUCCAGGUUUUUUAUCGACUUCUCAGACAUUGGGGAGCAGCAGAGAAAGCUGGAAUCCUACCUGCAGAACCACUUCGUAGGCUUGGAAGACCGCAAGUAUGACUAUCUCAUGACCCUUCAUGGAGUGGUCAAUGAGAGUACGGUGUGCCUGAUGGGACAUGAAAGGAGGCAGACUUUAAACCUUAUCACCAUGCUGGCAAUCCGGGUGCUAGCUGACCAAAACGUCAUCCCUAAUGUGGCCAAUGUCACUUGCUAUUACCAGCCGGCCCCCUAUGUUGCGGAUGCUAACUUUAGCAAUUACUACAUUGCACAGGUUCAGCCCGUGUUCACAUGCCAGCAGCAAACAUACUCCACUUGGUUACCCUGCAAUUAAGAAUCAUUUAAAAAUGUCCUGUGGGGGGAAGCCAUUGCAGACAAGAUAGGAAAACAGAAAAAAGAAAAAUACAAAAUGACAACAACAAAAAAAGGCGUGAGCCAUCCCUCCUAGGGAUGUGUCUUGCACACUGGGGACAUGCCCCUGAUUGCUUGGCAAUGCUUAUGGAUUUUCCAUUGGUAAGGGAGCAUGAUCUCGACUUGUCACCCCCCCUUGGCCACCCCCACUCCCCGUGGUCUCUACCCAAUUGGAGUGUAUCUUGAAACAAAAGAGGCCCAUUAGUUAAAGCAGCCAGGUCCUCCCAAGAGAACAGGGGAAUUUAAAAAAAAAAAAUGGCUUGAUUGUUGACAAUAUGGGUUUGCAACAACUACUCCCAUAGCUCUGCCAUAGGCGAGGGGGAAAACUUUCAAGGUGGCAUUCACAAAAGGGAAAAUACAGAGGAGAAAAGCCUUGUCUCUGAGUUGAGGAGGUCAGGAAGUAACACGGGGAAAAGAGGGACUCCUCCUGGGGAUCACCAUCUGGCUUGCAGCAAGUGCUUUCUCUAGAAGAUCCCAGGCUCCUCACAGAAACUGCUCAAUCCAAAUGAACAGUAGUAUUUUGAUGCUGUUCUCGUAACGAAUAGUGGAACUUAAUGAUGACACAUUAAUUCCAGCUUUGUGCAUAGCUCGCGUUCUUAAAGUGUGAAGACGCAAGCAAAAACCGUUGUAGCCAAGAGAAUACGCUCAAGGACCAAAGAUUUAACAGAUAAGAAUCCCCAAGGAGAAGAGAUAGACUAGGAUAUAUAAAGACUUACUAUAUUUGUUACACACCAAUACACAUCAAAGUGCCUGUUGCUUUCAGAGGAUUUGAAGUGGAAAAGGUUAUUUUACGGUUUAAUGAUGAUUUUAUUUUAUCAGGGACUCAAGAAAAAAAUAAAACAACAUAUAAGCUUGUGAAUGGUGGAGGAAAUGCCCUAUUUUUCUUGGCAAAUACCUAUAUAAAGUUAAUAUUGUUUGGUGUGAUGUUAUCAUAGGUAUGUGUGAGUAUAUUGUUUGUGUGUGUAUGCACACACAUGUAUGUGAUAUGUAUGUAUAUACACACACACUCCUUUGUCUAUGACCUAUAAAAUAAUGUAUCAAAUAGGAAAUUUUAAAAUACUGUGCAUUUUAUUUUUAUUUUUUGGUAGGAUCAUAGAAGACAUGGGCAUACUGCAAUGACAAAUUAAAACCCAUAUAAAAAUUAAACAAUGGAGAGAAAUGAGUAAUAUAUUUGAUAGGAAGAGCAGAGAUUAUACAUUUUUAGUGAGUUUUUUUCUUUUCAGUGAACCAGAGAAUUUCACAAAUGGGAGAAUUUUUGGUAGAACACUUUUUAAUUGACUUGACCUGACAUUUUGAGAGUCUGAGCCCCUUCCCCUUAAAUAAAUAGAAUCACAUGCCUUUAAGGCAUAGAAGUUGUGAAUCAUGGACCAGAGAUGGAAUAAUUAAUCCAUUACUGCUCAAAACAAUUUCUGGGACCUGAACACUACUUCUUAAUAUUUAAAUGAAUAUACAAAUGAGUGCAUUCUGCAUUUUGGACCACUAGAAUUUAAUAAAUGUGAAAUGACCCUUUUUAAAGAGUAUUUGCACAAUUACAUAAAGUUUAUAUAUAGGAUAUAUAUUAUAUAUACAUUUUAUAAAUUUAUGCCAAUAUGAAAAGUUUGAUCUGGUUGUCACACUGCAUAAAAAUAUUUAGUACUGUACAUUAAAUUAAGUCACUUUACAUUUGAUCAAACCCAACUUCAUUUUUUUUCAAGAGACCAUUUAUAUACCUUUGUGACAUGAGCUGAUAUUAUGAUUAUUUCAGCGACAGCUAAUCCUAACUCCUGUCCCAGCCCUGUAGACGCUGGUCUCUGAAAAUACAUUUCUAAAAGCAUUAGAAACCUUCCCUUCUUAUUGUGAAACAAUAACAUGAACUCCUUAAUUCUUUAUGAGUGAGUGCUGAUUAUGAUACUUUUUUGCAGACCCAAUCACACAGGAGCAAGGGAGAGCAUAGCACUCUCCUACUGGCAGUGUGAUUGAUUUUUUUGUUACCUAGGCAUCUCUCAGAUUCUCAUGGCCAGGUUAGUGUAGGUUAAUCUGUCUGGACCGUCCUUCUGUGCGUGUGUAUUUGAAGCCUUAACAGGAACCAGAUGGGUUUGCUGUAGCAGCUUCCCUGUGAAUCCCCACCAAGCUGUCACAGCCCCCAACACUGCCACUCUCUUUUAUAGGGAACAAUUCCUACACCCCUGUUAGUCCAGUUUCCCUCAUCACGGCCCAAGGUUUGAGAAAUCCAUUGUGAAGUCCCAGGAAACAUUGUUCAUCUUGCAGAGUGCCUGGCGCUCACCUAUCAGAAAAGAGACAGUCCAGUCUGCUUAGCUCUUAACAAGUUCUUUUGGACUGCUGGGGUUCAGAGGCUCAUCUGGUGACCUGGUUUCUGCUUGUGAUAAUUCUGCAUCCAUGAGUUAUUCACUGUUUUGAGAAGUCUGGAGAUCUCUGGCUCUGCCACGGCAGCAACCUGCUGUUAAUUCACAACACAGGUUUUUGUCCCAAGGAGUCAUAUUAGAAAAUAUGCCUUUCAUUUACUUUCCCAAGUAUUUAUAUUCUUUGCUUGAUGACUUUAAGGUUGGUAGCUUAGUUGAAAGUGCCAGCAUAUGGUAUUCAGAUAGAACAGGCUGUGUUCAAGACAACUUUUGGCAUUUACUUUAACCUUACAUAAUUUAUUUCUAUUUUGUGCAUACUAUAGUCCUGUGCAUAUGUAGUUGAACACACAACAGAAUAUAUGUCUCUCUUUGUGGAUGUGUGGCCUAAAAAAAACCUGAAUGUCAGAGCAAAGAACAGCUCUCUGUGUCUGAUCAGGGCCUGUGAUUUGUUUGCUUUUGUGUUUAUCUGCCUAGUGCACUGUUACUUUGAAACAGGAAGAAGUUUUGCCUUCUGGAGACUCUUCUCGUGUGUUCAGUCUGGCAUCUCAGAGAACACUUAGCCUGUGACUGUGUCCUCUUACAAAGUUUACUUUAUCUGCAGUAAAUUCAGCUGCCUCAAGAACUCUUACAGCGAGAUGGACUUUGAAAAAUGGAAUCGAGCACUCACUGGCUUUGAUAUCGUUAGACUGUUUUGACCUGGGUCCAAAAAAACACAAGGAUGGCCAGAAUAUCUGUACAUCAAGCCAAGACAAGAAACGAAAAGUCAACAUACUGUUUAUGCCACCCCUUUCUGUUCGCUGUCAUUGGUUGCUUUACUGUGCAUAUCCUCGUUUUCAAUGCAAUGCUUGUUAAAUAAAUAUUGUGAACUAUUUUGUAAAUGAAAUGUAUUAUGUUGAAAGCUGUCAGCAGCUAUCAAAAAUAAGCUUUGUUGUGAAAGAAAAAAGUGUGUUAGAUAAAACAAAAAAAAGCCAAAAAAACCACCCCAACCCUGUUUUCAUAUAUAGCACCUAUUUGAAUAUACUCUUUCUUUAAGAUUUCUUUCAGCAUCAACCAUUUCAGUGCUGUGGAGGGAUCUCCGUGUCACAUUUUUGUCAUGGUAAUGGCUUGCGAGGAAACAAGUGAUGGGAGUACCAGGUGGGGCAUGGUGAGGGGCUUGGGGAUACGGCUGCAAACCUUUGCAGACCGUAAGAGGCUCUGCUUCCUGUUGACCCUCGCUCCUGCUUCUCCAGACCCAUCGACUGCUCUGAGUUGUCCCACCACAGCAAGCUGCACCUCGGGUCACUCUUGGAAUGUUUUGACAAUUUGUGUGUCACAGGCAGAAAAAGGAUGGAAAAUGGACUCUUCAAAACUGACAUGUUCGUAUCAGUGCUAGAGGGAACAGAUUGUGAAUUUUGUUUACAGCAUCCAAUAUUUGGAUUUUUGUUUUUGUAAAUAAAAAGAAGUUAUUUUUUUCUAUUGAUUAGUGUCUGCUCUCUCUGGUGUUUAAUGUGCUAAAGAUCAUGUCCUCUGAACCCCAAACUGUGUACACUGUUAAGCCUGAGGCAUACACGGGAGCCGACCAGCCUUCCAAAGCUAUAUUGGAGCACAAGAUGACAGUGUCCAGCUGCCAGGCAGCCCAUCUAAAUGACUCAAACAGCUUCAAAAGAAACUAGCUAUUCUGUGCCAAAAAUUUUUGUCUGGGUAUAAACUUAGCAGGGCUAAGUGACCCAGAAGACAGAGCUGUUUUCAGUAUCAGUAGAGACUCUCAGCUCUGAAUUUCAGGAAUCUGGUAGUUCUAAGUAGGCUUCACUUUUGUGAGUAACUCAAAGGCUGUGAAUUUAUUAUCAGUGUUACUUGAAUAUCACCUGAUGCACAGUUAUGCUAUUUAAUAGGUUGUUUAAUUUGUAUGAGGAAUACAUAUUGCUAAUAAAAAUGGUAA